CCUGCGGUGGCCGCCGCGGGUCCACAGCCGCCGGCAGUCCGCAGUCGGCACAGUGUCGCAGGGCCGCCAACAUGACGUCGCCGCCGCUGCUGCUGCUGCUGUUGCCGCUACCCUGGGUAGCCCUGGCCGUGGACCUGGGAGCUUUCCACGAGGCAGUCCCUGCGCUGGUGCAGAACCCGGAACUGGAACGAGCACGUGUGACGCCGCCGGGGCCGCGGGCCGCUCCAGAGACGGUGACCGCCGAGGUGGAGUCGCUGCUGGAGCCACCGCCGGACGUGGGCCCGGCAGCGGACGCUGGAGCCGACCUGGAGGCCGGCCGGGUGCGGCCCGGAGGACACAAGCAGGAAAUGAUGCACGGACUCCGAGACCGCUACGCCGCCUCACACGUUGGCAGACACCACGACAUGAACAAUGAGGUCAACGCCAGGAGACAAGCUCACCGUCUGUCUGAAGUUGAGGACCUGCAAGGCAAGCCGAUAGUCAGUGGCGGUCUAACCGCCGACGUCGAAACCGUACCACAAUCAGUGGUUAGCGACGGGAACGACAAACCCUCUACCCCGAGUAUUGACGAUGAUAACGACUUCCUGAGAGAGGAUGGAUGGAAACCAAAGUCAUCACAAAAGGCGGCAGUCCUUGGGGAACAUAGUGUCAAUGCCAAGAACGUAACAGCAGAGCUGACGAGUGGCACAAACAAUAAAUCAACUACUCGCAACAGUGCCAACAGUGAUGACGACAACGACUUCCUCAGAAGUGACACAUGGGAAACUAAAGCCCCACACAAGGCGGAUGACCUUGGAGAACCUAAUGCCGUAACAACACAGGACGUGAGUGAUAGAGACAGCAAAACUCCCCCUCACAACAGCGAUAAUAGCGAUGACAACAACGAUUUCCUAAGAGAUGACUCAUGGGAGCCGAAGCCGGCGCCAGAAGUGAAGGCUCGGGACGACAAGUCCUCCGCUCCUGCCGUUGGCAACAACGAAGGUGACGAUUUUCUCAGAGAUGACACACCAGAGGCGGUGGCACACAAGGUAUCAGCAACAGGCGAAACUAGCAGAGACAACAAAGCGUCUGCUCCACCCUUUGGUAACAAUGUUGACGACAAUGACUUCCUCAAAGAUGACUCACUGGAGACGGUGAUCCGUAAGCCAGUUGCCGCUGAAGUCAACACUGGUAGCGCACCAGCACCAAACGUGAAUGGCGCGAAUGAGAAGUCUUCUGGUGACAGCGGUCGUAAGAGCGAUGAUGACAACGACUUCCUCAGAGAAGACGACUUGCAGUCGAAACCUCACCCUGCUGGUCAAGCUAGCCUCGAUGCCGACGUCGAGAGAGUACCAUCAUCGGGAGCCCGUGGCAGCGACGACAGCUCCUCCGCUCACAGGGACGGUAACGACGUUGACGACAAUGACUUCCUCAGAGACGACGCAGUGGAGGUGGAGCCACAGCAGUAUGAACCAGCUGUCCGUGGAGGCCGCAAUGCUGACGCGGAUACUGCUUAUGAUGACGAGGAUGAAUCACCAAAUGAUAGUCCUCAGGGUAGCCGCGCACCAGAGGACCACGUGAGGAGUAACAGGGAAGAGGACACCGACGAUCGAGACGGUGAGCACGGAGAAGGCGCCGGCGAUCGACACGAUGAAGACAAAGACGGCGGCGAAGAGGGCGGCAGCGACGGGGCCGGAGACGGGAGGAAAGGAGGCGAGGACGACCUGGCGUGGGCGGGCCGCCGCCCCCUGGACGGCACCGACUGGCCCAAGUGGGCGGGCGGAGACGGGCCGCACGGCAGCAUGCCACCCAGGUACAGCGGCGGCGGCGGCUUCGGUGACAGCCUGGGGGACGGCGAGAAACUGCCGGACGAGGAGCGUUACCAGCGCCAAGCACCCUCGUCCACACACCAGGGAGGCCCUUGGGUACAGCAGUGGCUGGCGCGCAGUGCAGGCGCCGGGGCCGGAGGCGAAAGGAAGGCCGCGGAGGCGGUGGGGGCGGCGCGGGCGGCGGCAGCGGAGGCGGCGCGCAGGGCGGCGCACCGCAGCAGCUUCCGCCGCGGCUGGCGCGGAUCGGGGUCACGUGACACGGCGCACGACGAGAGCUGGGGGCGGCGGCGCGAGUACAGCUACGGAGACGGCGGAGCCGUGGGCGGAGGCGGCAGCAGCGCCGACCUGGUGACCGGGGGCGGAGUUCUCCUCUGGCAGCCAUGGGGCCUGUGGCAACCUGGAAUGCUGUAUUUAUGAUCUGAAGUCUCCGCUUGAUCUUCAAAUGCGACAGCUGUAAAUAGAUGCGUGACGUUCCAGUAAUCAUCUUAAAGAAAAGCGAGUGUAAAUUCCUUAUCACGGACAGAACUGUGUCUUACAAUGACAGAAUAAUGACCUUUCCUGAGUGACUCUCCUGCUGGUUAUAUGGCCAAGUUAUCCAAGUUCUUAACUGUAGAAUUGAAGUAUUGAAAUGCAAGUACACAAUAUGCCAGUGUGAGAUAUUAUAAUCCAUCAAAUCAUGACCUCGAUAAGGAAGAACUCUUUUUUUUUCUUUACUGUCAGACUAGAGUGUUUAAGUAUGUGAUCUGCUUAAGUUUUCCAUAGGACAAAAUAAUUUACGCUUGUAUUAUUGUAAAAUUAAAUAUUUGAUUUUUAUUUAUUUUCC